AUGGAAGGAUAUUUGAAAAAAUGGACUAACCUUUUUUCGAGAUGGCAAGAUCGUUAUUUCAUUUUGAAUGAAGAAGUUCUUGUUUAUUGCGAUUCUCAAGGAGGCUAGAUUAAAGGAUAGGUGCAUUUAAAAGUGGCGGCUUUGAUAUUAGUGCCCGAAGACCCAUUAAGAAUAAUAAUUAAUACUGGAACAACAGAAAUUCAUUUGAGAGCGAGCAAUAUAAAUGAGAAAAUCGAUUGGAUUAAUGCAUUGAAAUAGGCAUAGGACAAAUGUUUGAGUCGUUAAAAUGAAAUAAAGUUUGAAUAAAAGAUACAAGAAUUGCUUACUGAUGUUUGGUAAACUGGAGCUAUAUGUACAAUAGAUAAAUUAUUGUAGUUGAUGAAACUUUGAGCAUGUUGAUUCCUAAAUUGGAAAAGAACUCACAAAUUAAGGAGAUGGCUGACAGAUUAGAAAGCAUAGGCAAAAAUCUAAAAACGAAAAUCACGCUGUGUGCUCAAAUUGUCGAAGAGGAAAAAUAAAAGUUAUCGAAUUUAGAUAAUGGAACUGUGUAUGAGAGUUUUAUUCAUCAAAAUUCAGCAUAAUCAGUAUAACGAGAAGAGACAUUGAAUCACUAGCAUCAUUAAUCACAUGGGCAACAAUAAUUAAUGAGUUUAACUGAAAUAGCUUAGCAAAUUAGAGAGCAUUAGCCUAUAAAAUAUGUACUUAAAGAAUUUGUUAUAUUAGUUUUUAGAAUAAUCUCAUCAAUAAUCCUGCUUUUCAGAAGAUUAAAUUUACAAAUCAUUCUAAAAGAGAUAGAUUACCUUAUCGAAAGGAUCCCAAUGAAAAAAUAAAUGUUUGGUAUUUGUGCAAGGAAUUGAUUGGAAAGGAUUUAGGAAGAUUUUCAGUGCCAAGUAAUUGAAUUCAUAUUUACGAUUAGUUAUUUUGAAUGAACCAUUGUCGAUGUUGUAAAGAUUGGCCGAAUAAAUGGAAUACUCUGAUUCUUUGGAAGAGGCAGAUAAGAUUCAUGGAGAUAGUGCAUUAAGAAUGUGUUAUAUUAUGGGCUUUGGUGUUUCACCCUAUUCUGCAAAUAUAGGAAGAACAAAGAAACCGUUUAAUCCUAUUUUAGGAGAAACCUAUGAAAUUUAAACUCAAAAUUGUAGGUUUAUUAGUGAAUAGGUUUCACAUCAUCCUCCUAUAUCUGCAGGAUAUGCAGAAUCAAAAGCUUUUUAAUUUUGGGCGCACACAGAUGUCCAAACAAAAUUUAAUGGCUUAUGUUUCUAAGUGAAUCCUGUAGGAUUAUUUAAUGUCAUGUUGAAAUCAUCAAAUGAUCAUUAUUAAUUUAAUAGGUGUACAACUAAGGUUCAGAACAUUUUAUGGGGGUAAUAAUAUUUGGAUCAUAUGGGAUAAAUGAAAUUUGUAAAUUUGACUACUGGUGAUAAUGGGGUGUUGGAAUUAAUUGAAAAAUCAGGUAAAUCAGAAUCUGAGAUGAGAGGGUAUGUAAAAGAUAAAAAUGGAAUUGAGAAAUAUAAGUUAAAAGGGUUUUGGAAUGAUCGUCUUAUCGCUUAUGAUUCUUAAAGAGAAAUUGUAGUGUGGAAGAGACAUCAAUUACCUUAGGAUUCAGAUUGGUAUUAUAACUUUACUGAAUUCGCCAUGUAACUUAAUCAUUUGACAAUCGAUAUGAUAAAAGUAAUAAAUAUAUGUCUAAAGUUACUUAGGAUCUGCCAUGUACGGAUUGUAGAUUGAGACCAGAUCAAUUAGCAUUUGAAAAUGGAUGGGUUGAUUUGGCUUCAAGUGAGAAGCACAGAUUAGAGGAGAAGUAAAGAGCGCGUAGAAAAGCUAUGGCAGCAGCUAAUUAAGUGCAUGUUCCUAUGUUCUUUGAAGAAAUGAUUGAUCCUAAGACCAAUUUGAAGUGGUAUAAAUAUAAAGGGAAUUACUUCUAAUAAUAGUGGAAAUAGGUGGGAUCAGAAUUGUUGGAUUUGUUUUGA